AUGGCAACCACGAACCCUUUUGAUAUCCUCGGUGACGAUGACAACAAUGAGGACCUUUCUCAGCUCGUCGCCGCCGCUCAGCUUAAGGCGGCUGAGAAGCCCAAGAGGGCUGAUAAGCCAGCUGCUCCUGCAUCUCAGCCUGCUAAGCUUCCCACCAAGCCUGCUCCCCCUGCACAAGCUGCUGAUACACCUGUUUGCUUACUUGUACUCUACCCAAAUACUUCUGCUAGGUGUUUUCUGGGUGGUAGCACAGUGAGGGAAGCAAAGAAUGAAGCUGGCCGUGGGGGAGGCCGUGGAGAAGGACGUGGUUAUGGGCGUGGGCGUGGUCGCGGUGGCAGUGGCGGAUUUAGCAGAGAUUCAAACAAUGAAACUCCCUUCAUUGGCAAUGGAUUUUCUGGAGGAUCCAGACCAUCUGAAGAUGGAGAAGCUGGGAGAACUUCUGAGAGGCGUGGCUAUGGUGCUCCUCGUGGUGGUUUCCGUGGUGGUCGCCGUGGUGGUUAUAGCAAUGGGGAAGCUGGAGAAGGGGAACGCCCUCGAAGGCCGUAUGAACGCCGCAGUGGUACCGGUCGUGGGAAUGAGAUCAAACGUGAAGGGUCUGGCCGUGGUAACUGGGGAACUCCUACUGAUGAAAUUGCUCCGGAGACUGAGGAACCUGUUGUUGACAACGAGAAGAAUGCUAUCACUGAGAAGCAGCCAGGAGAGGAGGAUGCUGCAGAUGCCAACAAGGACGCUGCUGAGAAUGAGCCAGAAGAGAAGGAGCCUGAAGAAAAGGAGAUGACAUUGGAAGAGUAUGAGAAGGUUCUUGAAGAAAAAAGGAAGGCUUUACUUUCUCUGAAGGCUGAGGAGAGGAAAGUUGGCUUGGACAAAGACUUGCAGUCCAUGCAACAGCUCUCAAGUAAGAAGAGCAAUGACGAAAUCUUUAUCAAGCUGGGUUCUGAGAAGGACAAACGAAAAGAUGCUGCUGACAAAGAUGACAGAGCCAAAAAGGCUGUCAGCAUAAAUGAAUUCCUGAAGCCUGCUGGAGGUGAGAGGUACUACAACCCUGGUCGUGGUCGAGGCCGUGGCCGUGGAAGGGGUGGAUAUGGAGGCAAUGCUCGUGAUGUUGCAGCUCCCUCUAUUGAAGACCCUGGGCAAUUCCCCUCCUUGGGUGGCAAAACAGAAAACCCACAUUUCCUCCAUGUCCUCAAAACUUUCUCACCCGCCAAACAGCAUGUAUCUUGUCUCUCCUCCUGCACAAUCCAAAUACCAGAUGUUGAAUCUAACGGAGAAGCAGAUUCCCCAACCAAAAUUCAAUUGGGUCCUGCCAUUUUGGGCAAACCUACUACACAACUUCACCACCGUGCCAAGUCUAGUGAUGUCAUUUUCUCAAACAAGACAAUCACUAGCUAUAUCAGAUCCGGUGACUUAGAUUCCGCUCUUAACGUGUUCAAUAACAUGACGGUUAAAACAACAGUAACUUGGAAUUCAGUUUUGGCGGGUUUCUCAAAGAAGAGAGGUAAAUUGAAGGAAGCCCAAGAACUGUUUGUUAAAAUACCUGAACCAGAUGCUGUCUCUUAUAACACCAUGUUAGCUUGUUAUGUAUAUAAUUCUGACAUGGAAAGAGCUCAGGCUUUCUUUGAAGAUAUGCCCAUCAAAGAUACAGCUUCUUGGAAUACAAUGAUAUCUGGUUUUGCGCAGAAUCAGCAAAUGGACAAAGCACACGACUUCUUCUUGAUAAUGCCAGUGAAAAAUGUAGUUACUUGGAAUGCUAUGAUUUCAGGAUAUGUAGAGUGUGGGGACCUGGACUCGGCGUUAAAAUUGUUCGAAAAGGUGCCAGUUAAGAGUGUGGUGGCUUGGACCGCAUUGAUCACUGGAUACAUGAAGCUUGGGAGGAUUGGAUUGUCAGAAAGAUUGUUUCGAGAGAUGCCCGAGACGAAUUCAGUGACUUGGAAUGCUAUGAUUGCAGGUUAUGUUGAGAAUUGCAGAGCUGAGGAUGGUGUGAAGCUUUUUAGAACAAUGGUGGGAUUUGGUAUUCAGCCAAAUUCGUCAACUUUGACCAGCGUUUUGUUAGCGUGUAGUGAGUUGUCUGCUUUGCAGUUGGGCAGGCAAGUGCAUCAGCUCGUUUGUAAGUCUCCACUGUGUGAUGAUACAACCGCAAGAACUUCGUUGAUUAGCAUGUACUGUAAGUGUGGAGUUUUGGAGGAUGGUUGGAAAUUGUUUGUUGAGGUUUCAAGGAAGGAUGUUGUCACUUGGAAUGCAAUGAUUUCUGGUUUUGCUCAACAUGGUGAAGGUAAGAAAGCUCUGAUUUUGUUUGAUGAGAUGAUAGAGAAAGGAAUGAAGCCAGACUGGAUCACUUUUGUUGCCGUAUUAUUAGCUUGUAACCAUGCUGGAUUUACAGAUCUUGGGGUUAAACAUUUCCAUUCAAUGGUGAGGGAUUAUGGACUUGCAGCUAAGCCCGAUCACUAUACAUGUAUGGUUGAUCUUCUUGGUCGGGCAGGCAAAUUGGUAGAGGCUGUAGAUUUGAUUGAGAAAAUGCCUUUCAAACCUCAUGCUGCCAUAUUUGGAACCCUUUUGGGUGCUUGUAGAAUACACAAGAACACUGAGAUGGCAGAAUUUGCUGCCCAGAAGUUGCUUAAUCUUGAUCCAACUAGUGCAACUGGUUAUGUUCAGCUUGCUAAUGUUUAUGCAGCAACAAGAAGAUGGGACCAUGUUGCUAGAGUCCGAAAAUCAAUGAAAAGCUGCAAGGUUGUGAAGACACCAGGGUACAGUUGGAUUGAGGUUAAGAGCGUGGGCCAUCAGUUCAGAUCAGGGGAAGAGCAAAAAGAGCAGCUUUUAUUGCGGCACAGUGAAAAGUUGGCAAUUGCUUAUGGCCUUAUAAAAUUGCCACCAGGUACUCCAAUCAGGGUGUUUAAAAACUUGAGAGUAUGCGGAGAUUGUCAUAGAGCUACCAAGUACAUAUCACAAAUAGAAAAAAGAGAAAUCAUUGUUAGAGAUACUACGAGGUUUCAUCAUUUUAAAGAUGGGCAUUGCUCUUGUGCUGAUUACUGGGUAGCCAAGGUUGAAGACACAUUCUCCCUAUUGGGAACUUAUAAUGCAUUAGAUCUUAAAGUGGAGGCAACACUUGAUCUGGCACCCCCUUUCAUCCAUGAUUCCGGAAGUUGCUCAACUAUAAGAUAUGCUAGAAUAGAAAAUGAGAUGGCAAAUCCCUUGCCAUUGCAAAUUCACCUACGCCUGGCUUCAUACAUCAAUUCUGUUGACUUUAUGAACAUUCUAAAGAACGCAAGUUUUGUUCGCGGCUUGCUGUCAAAUCUGCAAAAGGCUGGUGGAGUUGAUGAAAAGAGAAUUUUCUUGGCGGCUUUCAAAAGAUUUGAGUUUUCUUGCGGUUACUAUUUCUCCUCGGUAAGCAUUCAGCAUUGUACAGCUAUGGUCAAACCGUGA